GCUUUGCUAUGAAUUUUGGAUUUUUUUCCCUUCACAACAUCCAGGAAAAACCUGCUUUAUUUAUUCCUUCGUUCCUUCAUUCCAGCCGUAGCUUCCUUCCCGCAAUGCUUUGCGGUCGGGAGGACGUCAGGAGAAAGCUGUGCAGUAUGUUAGAUCCCGAGGACAGCGCGGAGCCCAAAAUUGGUUCUUCCUUCCCUAAAUUUUUUCUGCUCCCUCUAGCCAUGCUGAUCGUCGUAGGAGCCCUGCUGUUCUUGGCCUUUUCCGCCUCGGAACAGAAAGAGGACAAUUUUUACUCGUUUAAAGUGGUCAACAUCAGGGGUAAACUAGUUUCCCUGGACAAAUACAGAGGCUCGGUAUCGUUAGUUACCAAUGUUGCAAGUGAGUGUGGGUAUACCGACAGUCACUACAAAGCCUUACAACAGUUGCAGAGAGAGAUUGGUUCCUAUCAUUUUAAUGUGCUAGCAUUUCCCUGCAAUCAGUUUGGACAGCAAGAACCCAACAGUAAUAAUGAAAUUGAGAGAUUUGUCCGACAAACAUACAGCGUUACAUUUCCUAUGUUCAGCAAAAUAGCAGUGAAGGGCAUCAGGGCAAAUCCAGCCUUUAAAUUUUUAACUGAAUCCACUGGAAAAGAGCCAACUUGGAACUUCUGGAAAUAUCUGGUAGAUCCAGAUGGGAAAGUGGUAAAUGCUUGGGACUCUACAGUCACUGUUGAGGAAAUAAAACCUUAUGUGAUUGAACUUGUGAGGCAACUCAUUCUGAAGAAAAAAAUGGAACUCUGAUUAUUUUUUUAAAACACACAUUUUUAUAUUUUUAUUUUUGGAUUAUUGUUGUGGGUCUUCAUAUUGCCAACAGAUAAAUAAAUUCCGAUUACCUGAGCUAGCUUGCAUUCCAUAAAUAUAAGUAUUUGUUUCUCAUAUAAUACCUUUUCUAAGUAAAUCAUACAGAAACUAAUACCUAAGAAGAAAAGUGAAUGGCCAGGUUUUAUUUAUUUUUCUUACAAGUCACUUAUUGAUUUUAGCGAGAUUAAAUGCUAUAAAGGAUUUCUAGGCAGCAACCUAAAUACAGUUAGUCCUUGACUUACGACUGUAAUGAAACCCAAAAUGUCUGUUGCUAAGCAAGACAGUUGUUAAGUGAGUUGUGCUCCAUUUUAUGACCUUUUUGCCACAAUUGUUAAAUGAAUCAUUGCAGUUGUUAAAUGAAUCAUGUGGUUAUUAGGUAAAUCUGGUUUCCCAUAUUGACGUGCUUGUGGGAAGCCAGCUGUGAAGAUUACAGAUGGUGAUCACAUGACACCUGGACAUUGCAACCAUCAUAAAUAGAUGCCAGUAGUCAUGCUCAUGACGAUGGGGAUGCUGAAACUGGUCAUAAGUCUUUUUUUUUUCCAGUGCUGUUGUAACUUUGAACGGUCACUAACUGAAUGGUUGAGUCAAGGAGUACCUGUAAACUUUAUUGAUAGUAAGAUUUAUCGUGAACAUAUUAUGAUCCUGAACAAUUGCAAUGUUCAUAAUGAUAAUGAUAAUCAACAUUAUCAGCCUUGCCCACCUGCCAGCCAUUUCUUGGCCUCUGCACACCCUGUUUUCAGGCCUUUUUUUUAGCUCAUUUUCGAGGGUUUUUUCAACCUGUUUUUGAGGCUUUUGGGGGGGCCUGUUUUUGAGGCUUUUUUGGCCAUUUUUGAGGCUUUUUAAGGCCCAGUUUUUUUUCAGAAAAAAACAGAUUAAAAAAGCCUCGAUAAUGGGCCCAAAAAGCCUCAAAAAUAGCCCCAAGAAAGCCUCAAAAAUGGGCCCAAAAAGCCUCAAAAAAGCCCCCCACCAAAAGCCUCAAAAACAGGCUGAAAAAAGCCCCCAAAACUGGCCAAAAAAAGAUUGGAAAAGAGCUGAAAAAAGGCCCCAAAAAAGGGAGGCCCAAAACUUUUUGUUGUUGUUUUCCUCUUCUAAAUUUAAGUGUGUCUUAUAGUGAGGUGCAUCUUAUAGUCCAAAAAAUACGGUAUGCUAGGAAAAUAUAGUUAGUCCUUGACUUACAACAGCUCACUUACUGACUGUUCAAAGUUACAAUUGUAGUGAAAAAGUGAUUUAUGAUCAGUUUGCACCCUUAUGACCAUUAUAGCAUCCCCAUGGUCACAUGAUUAAUAUUCAGAUGUUUGGCAACUGACUCUUAUUUAUGAUGUUGUAGUAUCCUGGGAUCAUGUAAUUACCUUUUAUGACUUACUGAUCUAACAAGCACAAAGAAAGCCAGCAUUACUUAACAACUGAGUUACUAAUGUAACUGCAGUGAUUCACUUAACAACUGUGGCAAGAAAGGUCAUAAAAUAGGGCAAAACUCACUUAACUGUCUCACUUAGCAAUAGAAAUUUUAGGCUCAAAUAAGUCAAGAAGUACCUGUACACAUCCACAUAAACUUAUGGAAAAUUCCACUCACCCAUGUAUUACGAAAAAUAAGAAUUUCUCAAGUAUCUGUGUAUCGAGUUUCAUUCAACUUUAGGUUGCUCCAGAAGAAUAUUAAUAUUAUAGUUUUCUAAUUCCUUUCCCCUUUGUAAUUGUUAUUUGCUGUAGGAGAUUGUGAGGUAGUAUCCAUAAUAGCAUAUGUGAUAUGUGGAGGGAAAUUGCUAAUAAGGAUGAAUUGAUAAAAAUAAUCUAUCCCAUUAUCUGAAUCUAAAUUUUUUUUAAUGAAUGAAGAAAUGAAUGUUGAAUCCAUACCAAUUAAUAGUUAUUUUUACUCCCAAAUAUCACUGAAAAAAAUGCCUUAGAGAAGUAUCAAUUUAUAUAACUUUAAUUAUAUAAAAUCAUCCACACUUUUCUUCUGUAGCAAUGUUACUAAAAUUAAGUAACUUUAUUUUGAAAGGGACCAACUCUGUUUCUAACACUGUGAAAGGACUUGGAAAUUUUCAGUGAUUGAACACUAAUAAAAAGGGAUUCUUAUAAAAUUGA